AGGUGAAAAAUGGCUGAAAAUAAGUUCACCAAAAGGAGACAGAAACUAAAGCAGAAUUUGUACAAGUUACUAAAGGAGAGGGAACCUGAUGGCAUUCCAAAAGCACAUCUAUGGAACAUUUAUAGCAGCAAGGUUGAGAAGAUCAGUGCUGCGUUUUAUGGCACAGGGAAAAUGCACAACCUUCUGGCAGAUUUUGGUGACAUGAUCUAUGAAGUGAUGGAGAAAGGACGUCCCACGAUUCGUCUUAUUGAGGGGUAUAUUCCAGCUGGAGAAGAUCCACCAGAUGUACAGAUAGAUAAAAUAUCAUCAUCAGAGUCUGAAGAAAAUCAUACACAAGCAAAAGAAGUGAAAAAAACAAUGAAAACUACAGAAAGUACAAGCAGUGGAGGCAGGUCAACUGAUGAAGCACUGUACAGUAGAUCACAACCUGCCAGUAGUCCUUCAGUAACACCAAGUGUUCAGCAAUUAUCUCUCCCGUUACCCACUCCAAGCUUAGCCUACUCAAUUGGACAACCACUUAUAGCCCAAGCAAGUAUCCCAAUCAUACAACCUACACAACAGCUAAGGGCAGGACCUUCUUUGAUGCCACAACCGCUGAUGAUGGGAGGCAUUGCAAGGCCACAACUUAACACAUUACAGACAAAUAUCUCAGCUGCUGUUGGCCAGUUUUUGACCCAGGCAAAACAGUCCAGUUUUGCAGUGGGCAGGAAUCCUGAAGAACCCUGUGUAGUGUCCUCCAGCAGUGAAUCAGAGAGUGAAUCAGAAAGUGAAGAAUCUGAGGACUCUAGCAUUCAAGCUUCAACAGUCAAAAUGGAAAAAGAUGAACAUAAAACCAAAAUAGAGCAGACACGUUCAAUGGUUAAGAAAAAUAUUGUGAGCUUGUUGACUCAUCAUCCAAAGGGCAUCAAAAAGAGUGAAAUCUGGCGAUACUAUCAUCAGGAAUUCAAACAACAGCCAAACAAGGUACAAGUGGGACUUUCACAGCUAACCAAGGUUUUAGACCUGUUCACUGAUGUAAUCGAAGAAGUUCAAGAUAAUAAUGGAAUUCCCUAUAUUCGACUUAUUAAAAAAGCACCAAGUGGGAGGAGUCAACUGACCCCUGGGUCAUCAGGAAGUAGCACCCCAGUGAUAGAUCUAACAAAGGAUGAACCAUCCUCAACUCGGGGUAGCCUUGUGGAUUUGACUAGGGACCAGAGUUCUUCUGGUUUUAUCCCUCUUUUACCCUCUCACCCUACACCAAGAAUAAGAGGCCACCCUGGAGACUUUCAGAUGCAGUCUGCUUACUCUCAACUCCAGCAAACACCAGCAUUUGUUCUGCCUAGUGCCCCAUCACAGGAUUCUUCCUUGGCAGUUUGCCAACUGGUGAUCAGACCAAUUAGUCUUCGGAAAUUUGAAGAAAAGGAAACCCAUCUACCAAGGGUGUGGAAUAAUGACAGGUAUGGUCGUUUCAGUAAGGACCAAAUUGAAAAUGUUGCCAAGGAGUGCAUUGAGGCCCUUGCUGAAGCAGAAGAGCAUGUCAGUGUGGAAAGGGUGGAAAGUUUGAUGUUACAAAGACUUGGUAGAAGAACCAUUGGGGAGCUGGGUCACUGGCGUUAUGCCAACCAGAUACCCUGUCUAUUUGAACAUAACAGGAUGCUCUGCAAGAUUAAUGCAUACAUACAAGCCUUUCUGAACACACGAUCCAUAUGCACACUUCAUGAACUGAAGAUGUGCAUGGCUGAAUUUGCUCCAGAUAAGGACAGCUUUGCUGCUUUACAAGUUGGUCCCCUCCAAAGACUGCCAAUCAUUUAUAACAACUUCAAGUUUCCUACAGAUAUGGCUGAUAUUCCGGAAAUUACUACCUCUGAUAUUUUUGAGAAUCUACGGAACUACUUGAAUAAAUAUCAGAGAUGGAACACCAAGCUUGAGUUGGAACACUUCAUGGAGUACUUGGUGGAGACGUAUAGAGUGGAGAAUGCUUACAUCCUUGGAGUCCGAAUUCGCAGCUUACCUCUAGCCAUGCAGGUCUUAAAGAAAUCUCAGAGAGAUGCUGCUGGGACUCGAAGAAAAGUCACAGAGGAUACAAAGGAAACUCUGAAACAAGAGAUAGAGCAAGUGUUCCACAGAUUCAGGGCAGUCCUCAUGAACAAAAGAGAUGGACAAGGACAGAUUAGGGAGCACUACCUUAAGAUCCGGCCCACUGAGGCCCUGAAGGAGAUCUUUGAUAAAUAUCGAACCUUGUGUAGCUCAGUGGAGGCCCCUGCAAACAAAGCGGAGAAACGAACCUUCACCAGGUUUACAGAGGCCAUUAAUGCUUUCCUUCAAGCAGUCACUACAGAUAGUUUUGGUCGGAAUCUCUUUCACAUAGCAAUCUGUAUCAGUCGCACUGAGGUGGAGACAAUACACAGACAGUUUCUGACUGAGGCAACCACCAAACCAAAGGAGGUGCCUGUUACUGUGAAAAAGAAACCCCCUCCAACGAAAGAGUCCAUCAUUAAACUUCUAAAGACUUUCCUUGACAAAUGUCAGAACCAUGGAGCACUUACAUUAAAACAUCUGGACCACAUCGAGGAAAGAAUUACAGAUCAUUUUGAAUUUGAAUCAUUUCUGGCAAUGGGAUAUGGUCGAUUCCUGGAAUUUCUCAUACAAGAGACCAAACAAGAACUAGAUGACUGUGGAGGCACCAGUUUAGGGACAGGGGGAGGACAUGGUGAUGUUGCAGGGGGAUAUCUCCCUUCCCUCACUCACAUUCUUGAGUUCAUCCACCAGUGCAAACAGAGUAACACCUCACAGGAGGAAAAGAUUCAGCAAGCAUUAUGUCACCAGUUCUCUGUGAAGGAGGUCAAACAACUGGGACAUGGGACGUCAUCACGUUUGAUUGGUUUAGCUGAUAGGCCAGGGAAACAUGUGUCCAAUCAACACUGUGUUGUGUAUGAGGCUGCUGUUAUUCCACCAGAAAGUUUUGAGGUGAAAGGUCAGACUGGAAUUUUAGGACACCAGACAAAGGAAGCAGCCCUUGCCUGUUUGAAUAAUUGUCCUCUAUUGGAAAACAUGGCUGAUUGGAGUCAGUGGUCUCUUGUGUUUGAACCACAGCUAGGGAAGUUAAGGGACUUUAUUCAAAAGUAUGGAGAAUGCCAAUCUUGGCCAGUAGAGGGUGGAUCCAAGAUCAUGAACACAGAUUUUAUAGCAUUGGAGAGCUCCCCUGGUCAAUACCUGAAGCUUUUAAGUAGCUCUUCCCCAGAAAAAUUUUGUGUGGCCCUCCAUAACAGAAUAGCUCGUGAUGUAAGUGGACACCUCAUGUCAAUGGUGAUCCAGAAUAAAGGUGUUGAGAACACCCCUGUAGCUCUGCUUGCUAAUCAUGUGAGGGAGGAACUGUUCAAAAUGCAUGGGGAAGCCUCAAAAGACAAUGUGCCAGGGGCACCAUCUAGUUGCCAGCCUGCAGAAACUGCUGUACACUUUGUUCUGGACUGUUUGUCAAUUUUACCUGUCAAAACCUGCUCUGUUUUGGCUUCACAGAUGUUCCUGGACCCACUUGGUCAGGUGAUAGGACAAUCAAAAUCAAAGACCAUGCUCCUCCAGUCAUGUGUGACCUUGACCCAGUUAAGCCGCCUCCAGCAGCUGGGCUGUCUCCUUGGCGUGGCUGAGUGGAUGGACAGUAUUCAGGUUCGCUGUCAACCAAUGCCCUCUUCUCUACAAGAGGUGGCCCCAGAGGUUGCCGAAGAGUUCUUCAAGGAUGAGCCUGAGAUUAUUGAAGAUAGUGAAGGUGAGGAAGACUCUUCUUCCACAUCCUACUUGUCAGAUGUGGAGUUGGAGACUGAGGUCAAAGUUCAGGAGGAAGAGGAGAUGAUUGUGGUGGAUGAGUGCACAGAGAUUGAAGAUGAUGUUAAAGAAGAUGCACAAAUGAACGAGGCCAGCAUUGAUCUAACUGUUAAGUCUGAGGACACAGUCAUUGAUCUUCUGUCUCCAGACAACAACAUGGAGGAGGCAGCAUCUACAGUAACCGUGGAGACUGAUGUAGAGCAGACGUGUCAGGGUAUUGUCAAUCAGAUUAGGAGGGAGGAGUUUGGGAUUGGGGUGGAGCUAAAUGAAGAUGGACAGAAAUUGAUGAGAGUUCAACAAGAGAGACUGGGACGAAGUCUGGACAGGUUGUCUAAAGAUCUCUACAGCAAGGACACCCACUUUGUACUUGAACUGAUACAGAAUGCUGAUGACAACAGUUACCCUGAGGACCUACAGAAAAACACUUGUCCAUCUGUGCAGUUCAUAAUGAGACCAGAUGGAGUGGUGAUUUUAAACAAUGAGACAGGUUUCCAGGAGAAGAACAUUCGUGCCCUUUGUGAUGUGGGAAGGAGUACCAAGGGCAAGCACAAGGCUGGGUAUAUAGGUCAGAAGGGAAUUGGAUUCAAGUCAGUAUUCCGGGUGACAGAUGAACCAGAAGUCCACUCAAAUGGAUUUCACAUCAAAUUUGAUGUUCAGUCUGGGCCAACAGGCUAUAUCCUCCCACACUGGGUGGAAGAAGACAAAUGGGAAGAGGGGGAGGGUUGGAUGACAAAAAUAGUUUUACCAAUAAAAGAUUCAAUGAAAUCUCAAAUGCGAACCUUGGCAGCCAGAUUUCAUGAUAUCCAUCCUUCCUUGCUGCUGUUCUUGAAUCGCCUGAGACAGAUCACAAUUGAGAAUCGAGUAGAAGAUGUUAUCCAGGAGAUAAGAAGGAGAGACCUUGGGGAUAAUGUAGUGGAGAUAGUGGAAAACAGCAAAGUGGAUAGGUGGCUUGUGGUCAAGAAACGACUGGAUGCGUCCACAAUAUCAUUGCAGGCCAAAUCAGGGGUAGAGGUGGAAUCUACAGAAAUCGCCCUGGCUUUUCCGCUCCGACCAGCAGGACAAAAGAAAGACAGCAAAUUUGUUCCACCGAAGCAGCCAGUGUUUGCUUUUCUACCUCUGAGAAGUUAUGGAUUCCGUUUCAUCAUCCAGGGUGACUUUGACGUUCCGUCCAGUCGUGAGGAUGUGGACCGAGACAGUUCCUGGAACCAAUGGCUUCGUAACGAGCUCCAUGUCCUUUUUAUAGAAGCUUUGGAAGCAUUCAAAAACCAUGCUGACUUCUCAAACGUGGAGGCUGUAACUUCCUUCCUACAGUUUGUCCCUGUGGAGGAUGAAAUCAUAGAUUUCUUCAGACCUGUAGCCAAUCAGAUUCUUCAGAAACUCCGGGCCAAACAGUGUGUCCCCACUCAACCCAACAGCAAGGGCAAAUGUUCAUGGAAGAUUCCAUCACAGACUGUGACUGUAAAAGACCCUCUAGUCCUAGAGGUCGUGACACCUGACCUUUUGAAGGACACUCUUAAUUUGUUUUACCUCCAUCGAGAUGUGGCAGCCAUGUUAAAUUCUUCCCUGACCCUGAGUCUGGGUAUAGAGUCUUUGAACACUGAACACCUGCUUCUGAUAGGGAAAUCAUUGCUACAGCAGUGGUCAGCCAGCCAGGAAACUACUGACACAGAUGGCAAUGUUUUGAUGACAGCUAAAUGGAUGGCAUGUGUCUACAGGAGCCUGGAUGAGUUCUCAGAUAACCAGGCUGUGUAUGAUACUCUGAGGGCCAUGAAGAUCAUACCCCUGGCCACCAACCAGAGACAGUGUACUGGUGACAGCACCAUCUUCUUCCCUCUAUCUGAAAAUACAGGAUUUAGUCAAAAUGACCCUAUGAUGAUUCUCCAGCAAGAUUUGAACACGAUCCAUCCCCUUUUGGUUUCUACUGCUGACAGUGAAGUGAAUUCUCAAGUACAGAAGCUUCUGCUGAAGAUUGGGGUAUGUCAGCUGUCCCCCAAGGAAGUCAUCUGCCAACACAUCAUGCCCAUUCUUAAGUCAAACUCCUGGAAGGACAAGAGGAACGACAUUCUGAUUAGUUACAUAAUCUACAUAAAAGAGCAGAUUGAACUGGACCCCUCACUCAUAAAUGUGGAGGAGUUAGGGAUGUCAGCCAUAUUAAAAACCAACAAAGGUCUGCAGAAUCCUUCCCAAAGCUCCAUACACUUCCCACCAGUGUACAAAAACAACAUCAAUCUACAAGAUGUGUUACCAGGAUAUGACUGGAUUUUAUUGGAUCCAGUUUACCUUCGGAACACCCGAAAUCCUAUUGAAAUCCAGAAAUGGCGGGACUUCUUCAUUAAAAUUUGGGUGACAGACUUCAUAGCAGUAAAGCAGGUCAAAGUAGAGAUAUCGGCAGAAGAUAUCUCUUCAACUCCUUGGGCUCCACUUAAAGAGGUUCUGGAUCCCAUACAAGAUGGAAGUUACAUUGAGGACUGGUCCUCUACAGAACUGCAGGAACUGAUCCAGAACAACAGUAAGAUGUCCUCCUAUCCCCAGCAGAUGAGCACACUGUGUGUCCUCCUGGCAGAAAACUGGGACAGACACUUCUCCAAAUUCACAUCCACCUCCUUAUACAAUAAAUGUGGGGGACGUAUGAGGGAUAUGGAGACAUCCUUUAGCAUCCUUUUGAGAACCUCCAGUUGGUUGCCAGGAUCACAGACCUGUAUGAGUGUUGAGAAUGAAGAUAUAAUUGUGUCAGAGAAAGUGGUGAUGAUGCAGCCUUCUUGUUUGUAUUUACCAUUGAAGGACAUAACUGACCUUUUGGCUCACUCUGUAAUUUACAUCAAUGUGCAGAUCCCACCCAAAAGUUCUUUUGGACAGUUUUUACGAAUUAAACAAAGCGUAAGAUUACAGGAUUUGAAGAAGUUCUUGAUUGACUGGGGCAAAAGAGACUUGGAACAAACACCAAAAAUAUUCAUUACCACCAAAUAUCACAUCAGCAAUGUCUAUUUGUGGCUUAGUAAUCAGCUGCCUCCUAUAGAAACCCAAGAACUGCUCCAGAAUCACCCAGUUAUCUUCGUGCCAGAUAAACCUAUGCCAGUAAGGUUUGGUCCUGGUUCUGGUUUUAUGAACCAGAGGUCACUAGAAGGUCUUCAGGCUGGUAGGAUGUUAAAUAGUAAGGAAGUCUGGUGGUCUGACCCAACGGGACUCAUAGUGAAGCAUGGUGAGAUCAUUCAGGAUUAUCAUUCAGAGCUAAACAAGAAAGCCAUACUCUUUGACACUUACGGACAGUUUCAUGAUCUGAAAAUGUUAUUCCAAAAUGCUGGAAGAAUUUCCAUGGAGCCCAGUAUGUUGGAGUAUGGUGAAUUACUGGUGCUGAUGGGACAAGUUCUAAGCCUGUCUGAUAAGUCUGUUUUGUCAGAUGCUCUCAAGUUGUACCUGACCAUUGGAGGCAAACUGAGACCAGAUGGAUCACAACUAACUGGUCAGACAAGAAUGAAUGUAAUGGAGAUAGAAAAAGUAGCACUCAAAAAGAAAUUAGAAGGGCAGAAGAUUCUCGCCACAACACGCAAUAAAUGGGUAGGUACUAAGGAGCACCCCAUGAUAGCAGAAAAUAGGGAGCUAGAAAAAAUGUUUGAGAAAAAGGACCAAGUCAACUUUGUUGUAUUGGAGGAUAGAUCCCCGCAGCCCAAACGGGGAGGAACAGCAGUGCUAGACCGGAACUUGGGAGAUAAACUGAUGCCAUUCUAUGACUUUUGUGGUGUGAAGAAGCUAUCUGAUUGCACUGUUGUUCAAGAAAUCCCUGAAAUGCUUGAACCAUGCUCAGAGCUUCAGUUGUAUGUGUUCAGAGCAGUUCCGGUACUUCAGCGAUUCCUCUACAAGUUUUACCCAGAUAUCUAUCAAGAACUUCAGAACCAGAAUAUAUCUCAACGACUGUCAUCCAUGCAAUUCUUUAAGGUGAAAAGUUUGGAAGUGAGGUACUCAUUGAAUCACACCCCAGAUGUUUUUGUCUUGAGGAAAGAGAAAUGUGUGCAAACGGAGAGUACCUUCUACUUCCACAGGGAUUAUACUGAGUGUUAUCCAGACAUAAACAAAGAAAUUGCCAAGUUGUUCUCCAACUCGGAUGAUAGAUGCUCCAAAGACUUGAGGGCUUUUCUGAAUGAGCUAAUCACAGCACUUACCAAAGAACCACACACUCUGGAGGAAAUAAUGGAACAGAGUGACUGUGAACAGCUUCCAGCAAAUGAACCUGUUUGGUCUGUUCCUCCACCAGUCUUUCAGGUUCCAGUGCCUAUUGAACCAGAAGAAGAUGAGCUAUGGCCUGAAGAGGCUGUAUCGGGAGAAAAGAGGUCAGAUGUUAAUCAGACAGAGGAGGGAGAUCAGGGCCUGAAAGCUUGGCCACCAGUGUCAAACAUACAGGGACCAGUUCAAAAUAAAGUUAGAAAAGAAAAAGAAGAUAAACCUGCAGAUUCUAAAGUAUGGCCACCUCCAAAGGCUCCUGAUUAUGUAAAGAGUGUCAAAGAGCUGCCUAGUCAAUUUAAGGUCACAGAUGAAAGGAAGCCCUCUAGUGGUGAGGAAACAGAGACUGUCAAGGGAGAUAAAUCUUAUGGAGGGGGAAUCAUGGUGCAUGAGAGGACAGAGGAACAGUCAUACAAUAGGCAGGAUGGCGGUGAGGGGAGCAGACAGGGCAGUGGUGAGGGGAGCAAACUUAGCAGGCAGGACAGUGAGGGAAAGGGAACAAAGAGAAAGAUAUCAGAAAAUGAGGCGGAGUCCUCGGGAGAAAACAAGAGACCAGUGCCACCUGGUGAGGAAAAAGAACAGGGAUGGGAAGUGUCAGGUUUCAAAGCAGAGGGUUCUCUCCAGACAACAGUGCCAUCUAGUGGAAGCAGUAAGGCUAAGGAUACAGGAAUACAGCCCAGAGAGACAACAGGGGAAAAAGUUCAUCACGGAGAAGGUCAGGAACAUGGAAAUAUGGAGAAUAUCAGAAAUGAAGAUAGCUCAGUGACCCACAAGCCGGGGGGAAAACGACGGCAUCCCACAGACAGUAGUCAGGGGUCACCAAGGGUUCCUGAGUCUAAGAGAAUUCUAAUGGAUCACCCUGCUUGGACAGAACUAGCUAGUGAUUACACUUACGAAGAGUUAUGUCAGGGUUCCAAUCUCAAGGCCACACCAGAAAUACCUCUUGACCUUGACCUGGAUGAGUCCAAUUUACAAGAAAUAGGUCGCUGGGGGGAACACCUGGUCCAUCAGUACCUGUUAGAGCAGCAGGAGGGGGAUAGAGACAUUAUAGAGGUUAAGUGGUGUAACAAGGAGAACGAGCAGGGUACUCCUUAUGACUUUGAAUUAUCACGCCAGACAGAAGAUGGUGUGGUUAAAACUUUUAUAGAGGUCAAGACGACCUUGACUGAUGAUAAGGAUGUGUUUGAGAUUUCUUCUCAGCAGAUUCAGUUUGCACAGGAACAGCGUGAGAACUUCCACAUCUACCGUGUGUUUAAUGCCGGGGAUGUGGAGCGGGUCAGAUUGGUGAGGAUUGAUAAUCUAUGUCUGAGGCUGGACCAGAAACAGGUCAGAUUGUGGAUGAUGAUUUAGGUCAAACACAGGAGAGUGUUCCACAUGAUCUCUUGUUUCAUUGCUCUGAUUUAAUGCUUUUCACAAAACUGAAAUUAUUAUGAUUAUAUAUUAAAACUUGAUAAUUACCAUCUGUGUAUAAUUAACUCUUUUGAUGCCGGAAUUGCAGCAGUAUAUGAAAUUUAUAUGAAUAUAGUUAAAUCAAUGAACAACCUCUUUGGAAAAUAAAAAAUAAACAAUUUUACUCUCAUACACCUCACUGGUAAAACUGAAUAUGUUUAUAUUUAAAGUGCACAUUUGACAAUUGUUGUGUAAUAACCUGGUUGUCACAGAGAGUAAAUUAACUUUUUUAUGUCAGAUUUAUAGAGUAUUCUUUCUGUACACAGUCUUGUAAUAUAUUUUUUGUCAAUUCAGACAUUUAUUUUAUUCUGAAAGUGUGAAUCCAUUUAAUUGUAUUAACUA